AUGUGCUUAAUACAAAUCCCCAGAAUUAUUCCCCUGAUAUAUUCCCUCUUCUCUUCUCUUCUCUUCUCUUCUCUUCUCUUCUCUUCUCUUCUCUUCUCUUCUCUUCCAACAACAAAAAAAACUUCCUCAAAGUUAGACAGAUGAAUUAAUUAGUACACUAAGUUAGUCCUGAAAGACAAGUUACAGUGAGAUUAUCACUAUCUCUUCAGCCACAUUACUCAUUCUUACUUGUUGCUCAGCAGAAGCAAGCCGUCUAACAGGCCACGCAGCGCAAGAGAGUCUGUGUUGCUAAGCAACCUCGGAUUAGACCCUCCCACUUUGGCACCAGGUUGGAUCAUUUUGUUUUUGCAAUGCUCAGCAUGAGGAAGUGGGACCAGAAAGACCAGCAAACAUAAAACCUGAAGGUUUUUCCCCAUCAGACUGAUUGAAGCAGAGGGAUAAAUAUGAAGUGUUAACAGACCAUCAUCGGGGUCACCAUGAACACACUAAAUGUAAUAGACGACCUGGAACAAUCAAGAUUCGGUCAACCUCCUCCAAGACACGGCCUCAAGCUGCUCUACUGGUUUGCUACAGAUUGUCUCACGUUUGACCAAAACAACGUUAUGCAGUCGUGUUGUGAUCCACAGAAUGGACAUUUUGGUUUCCACAUAUUCAUGAACAAAUACGAAAAAAACUUUGGUAAACUUCUGCCUAAUGUGGCUUUACCCUACUAUGAAGUUGGUAACCUAAACAAAGCAGCAGCGUACAGUCUGCCCUGCUACGUCCGAGAGGAUUACACACGCUUACCAGAUGACAGCAACAUGGACCGCAUCAUAGUCAGCUUUAACAAAAACGAUAACAGUUUUGACAGAGUCUUCGUGACGCAGCACAGGGAUCUGUCAAAUUUUAACAAACACUUAACCUACAACAUCAGCAAGGGCCUUAUUAUGAUGAUCAGGAAUUUGACCUUAGAGGAAUUUCUCCUGAAAACUGGCUAUUUGAAACAGCAACCAAACCGAUUCCCUUGUUCAUGUUCUGAAGAACUGAAUAAACGACAGCCGCCGUGUCCUGCUCUACCAAUAACCUCCAUCUGUAGUCCGCUUCAAGACGUUUGUCCUGAGAGCAAAUCACCUAGGAACUUGAUGAUGAAUAAUACAGUAGAACAUCACAAAACUCCACCAGAAACCUCUGUUUGCAUUGCAGCUAGUACGUCUUCUACAAACCAAGACAUUUACGGUGAAACUGAAUCAACAUCCAAUUUAACGAAUAAUACACAAAGACACCAUGAAGCUUCACCAACAUCCUCCAUGUGCAGUCCAGCAAACACGACUUCAACAACCCAAGACAUUCACUGGGAGGUCAAAUCUCCUAACUUGAUGAAUAACAAUACACAAGAACACCACGAAGCUCCACCAACACCUUCCUUCUACAGUCCAGCACAUACAUCUUCUAUGACACAAGACAUUCUCCUGGAGGUUGAAUCUCCUGAAAUCUUGGUGAAGAAUCAUACACAAGAACACCAUGAAGCUCCACCAACACACUCCAUCUGCACUCCAGCUACUUCUACGACCACAAACGUUCACACCGAGACAGAAUCACCUCCUGUCUUCACAAAUACUAAUACACAAAUACACACAACUGGUGCAGAGAGUCAACUAAACAAUGUUGUACAGAAAUCUCCAUCUAAUGAUAUCACUGUAACCUCGUCCUGCACGCCGACCAGCACUUCUUCAAAGAACCAAAACACCGAAAACGAAUCAUUUCCUUUUUCACAAUUCACCUCUUUCUUCUGGGGCUUUUAUCUCCUUUCUCUUUUUUUCUUUUUUUAUUUCUUUUGGAGCAGUGUUACACAGAUAUGUAUAACUGUCCUUUUUGCAUCAUCUUCGGUCCAUUGGCAAAACCGGAAAAGAGGAGAGCAAGGAGAGGAAACGAGAAAUGAGGAAAAAAACAGCAACUCACAGACAGCCAAAAUAAAGAAGACAGGCAAAAGAAAGAAAAAAGGAAACGAUACAAAAAUGCAUGCUUUUACUACGAGGACACUAAAAGACAUGUCGUCAAAAAUCCAAAACACUGAUAUUGACUCAUUUCCUUUUUCACAAUUCACCUCUUUGUUCUGGGGCUUUUAUCUCCUUUCUCUUUUUUUCUUUUUUUAUUUCUUUUGGGGGAAUGUUGCACGGAUAUUUAUGAUUGCCGUUUUUGUAGCCUCGUGUCGUUGGCAAAUUAGGAAAAUUUUCAGAGAGAGAGAGAGAGAGAGAGAGAGAGAGAGAGAGAGAGAGAGAGAGAUGCAUGCUGUGACAAUUAGUAACUAGAGGAUUAAGAACCAUUAUUAAUUAAGGAUGAGCAUAUCGUUGCUGUCAGGCGGAAACCUCGUAUGUCCAAAUUUGGUCAAUUUCAUAUUUUUUCACAUAUCGAUGCUAUUGGUCAGUCCCCACGUGGGUCUGUUAUUUUUACAAGUUAUUAAUCAAUCUAAAGUCUUGAAAAUAGCUUGAGCGCAAAUCUCAUAACUCCAUUGGACACUUCAACUGUCCACCUCUUCCUCACUCCGUGGGAGAGCUUCAUGGCAUAUUUCUCCUCAAGAAGAGUCGCAACGAAUCAACACGUCUUCUGAGGUAAAUAUCUUCAAAACACUGGGCUCAAAGAAAAAAAAAUCUUGACCCCUGCUAGUUCUGGUGCUCGUCUGAGGACCUACCAAGGAGACUCCUCCAGGCUUUUAUAGGCACUUGGGUGAUGGGAUGAGAGAAGGGUCUGUGAUGGCUGGGAAUGGAGAACACGCCAAAUGUCAUGUGGUGCAGACUGAUGUUCAGACAUCAUGUUCUUAGCUUCUGACCAACAAUAACAAAUGUUUAUUAUAAUGGACUAAAAAGCUAGAACGAUUCACUUCCAUACGACUCUUUACAGGUUGUACUUUGGGAUCUGUGUUGGGUUUUAUAUUGUAUUAACUGAGUUGCUGGUCAUAUAGAAAGUGUGAUGGUGUAUACCAGUUUUACCAGUUAUACCAUGAUGUAUAUGGUACAGAUUGUUGUUUUAUGUUUUUGCAGUGGAACAACAAGGGGUUUGGUGUUGGUUAAAACCAUCAAAUUGUUCCGUAAUGGGGGAAGGGGCAGGUUCUGAGGGGCAGGUGGUGAAAAUCCACACAACUCUUUAUAAUUCUGCUCACAUAAUAAUACUAUGAUAAUAAUGAUGUUGAGUUGCUGAGAUAUGGUUCAGCUCUGAGGAGGAGCAGUAUUCAGGGAUUUAGGUGCGGGUUGCCAGCUUUAGCUAGUUCAAAAUAUGCCAUGGACACUAAGAUUGUGUUCUCUAGGAAUUUACUGGAAUGAAUUCUAAUAAAGUGUAGAGAGUGUGUCUGUGAUGUCCAGAACAAUUUCUGGUUAAAGAUAUACAUGAUAGCUCAAUGGUAUCAAUGUAAAAUAUGCAAAAUAAAGGUAAUGUUUAAAUAAUGAGAAAUCUUGUAUUUUGCAUGUGUAAACUUUUGAAUUUAGCUGGAUGUCCAUCAGGUCACCCGGGUUCUUGGUGACCACACAACCAUUUUCAGCUUCUCGGACUACUUUGAGUUUAAACCCUUGUUUCAUGAAGCCAACAUUACAAAGACGAACAGAAUCUGUAAUGAGUUUUUGAUGAAGCAUUUGAGUUGAUGAAGAUGAAUAAAGAAAUCAGACCACAUCCAUAAAAUAGUUACUAACAUUAAUAGUUAACACAUGAAAUGUCUGCAGUGGCUCCUGUCUACAGCACUAUGUAAAAUAAACUCGUCUGUUUAA